AUGGUUAGUGUUGUUGACCUUGACUUCCCACAUACAUACAAAUACAAUGGCAAUGUGAUUCUUUUCUUCUCCCUUUGAAAGAAAAACAUGAUGAUGGUUCGAUUCCUAGUGUUGCUUCUGAUGUUGUUGGCAAGUUGUAGGGAAGUGGCGAAAGCAGAGUAUACGUUAGAUUCAGCGAGAGAGUCUUUGGUUAGACAAGAAGACACCAUCAUAUUUGGUUUGAUUGAGAGAGCCAGGUUCCCCUUCAAUUCACCCACCUACAACUACAAUCCAAAUUACACCUCCGUUCUCCACUUCCUCGUUUCCAAUACUGAGGCCAUUCAAGCUAAGGCAGGAAGAUACAUUAAUCCUGAAGAGAAUGCUUUCUUCCCAGAAAAUUUACCACCCUUGGUUGUUCUGCAUUACCCCUUCUCACAGUUUUUGCAUCCUGCAGCUGCUUUGAUUAACAUAAACAAGGACAUUUGGAAACUCUACUUUCAUGAGCUGAUUCCAAUGUUUGUUGCUUCUGGUGAUGAUGGAAACUAUGCACAGACAGCUGCUACCGAUCUUUCAUUGCUGCAGGCCAUCUCUAGAAGGAUUCAUUACGGAAAGUUUGUAGCUGAGGCCAAAUUCAGAGAAUCUCCUCAAGAUUAUGAACCUUUAAUUCAUGCUAAGGACAGAGAAGCAUUGAUGAAAUUGUUGACAUCUGAGAGCGUUGAAGAGAUGAUUGUAAAGAGGGUUAAAAAGAAGGCAAGGGUGUUUGGGCAGGAAGUGACACUUGAUCUUGAUGUGAAGGGAAAAAAAUACAAGGUUGAUCCAACAGUAGUUUCAUUAUUGUACCAGAAAUGGUUAAUACCCCUCACAAAAAUUGUUCAAGUAGAGUACUUACUACGUCGCCUUGAUUGAAUAGAAGCCAUUUUCAUGCAAUCAAUUUAAUUUAGGAAGGACUAUGGUCAUGGUGACUUUGUUUGAAUGAUCAAUUUCUUAUGUGGUCGUUUAUUGCCAAUUUCUUACUCUUGCUAGUUCAGAAAAUAACGUUAAU